GACACCAGGCUCUACUCGUACAAGUACAGUACGCGCAACAGCGCACGAGACAGCGCCCCAAGAGUCACACGUCCUUGCCAGCCUCUCGGUACCGGGAGCGCCGCCUCACUGAAAAUAGCACUGCUGCGUAUACAUGAUACGAGUACUAUACUGUACACUGAUAAUCGGCACCAUCGCUGGCCAGCGCCCGCCUCUGUCUCCUUGUCCCCCUCUCUCCCACGCUUCGCUCUCUCUCGUGAUGACAGAGACCUGUUCCCCUGGACACCUGGUGCUUGGCGCUGGAUCUGCCAGUGGGCGCUUGGGUGGCACCAGAGUGAACAAGUCACCGCCGGAGCGGCGCUCUAAACCCAGGCUGGCUGCUGCCGAAAUGCGCUGGCAGGCUGAUUGGACGAGAGCCCAAAGGAUAAGAAGCUUGCCGUUGACACAUCAGCAGUUUGUGGCUGCAGCUAGAUGGAUUGAGCGAACAGCAAAUCCGCAUCGGUACGAUCGAUGGGGCCGCCAUGGCUGCCCAACUUCAGGCAAAGACUGCCAGGCCACUCGCUCGCUUGAGCGUGUCUCUCGGAAAAUAGCAAGCACCCUUGGCUUGGCUUGGGACAUGUGCAUUAUUCGUCCCCGUGUGGUGUUUGUUGUCUCUUCCUCAUUCAUCACUGGCGGAUGACACGCACGAGGCCCAACAAUGCAGAUUUCGAUUUGCAUUUGCACUGUGGUCUAAGAUGCAUGCAUUUGCGGCUGCAUAAUUCUUCGACCUA